GAUAAAUUUAGGGGAGGGUGACGUCAUUCCGCUGUUAUUAUGAUCAGGAUAAGAGUGAUUUUUUGGUUUUUCUGUUUAAUCUUAAAGCCCCUCCUGCAACUGUGUUUCAAAUGACACAAGAGCAAGAAUACGAUUCAAAUCAGACCUUUACUGGGGUUUUACAUGCAAACGUGUGUACUAGAUCGCUCUGACUAUGGUUUUUAUGGAAAUGGUUCUCUUGCAGGGUUUCAGCACAGGCGUUUUACUUGGUGUUUUGCUGCUGCUUGUGGUUGUUUAUCUACUAUUGUCUGGCUCCAGCUCUCAGGAUGAGGGAAAAGAUCCUCCAGGACCCAAACCACUACCACUGCUGGGAAACCUGCUCAUGCUUGACCUCAAGAAAACCUACGUGAGCCUCUGCGAUCUGUCAAAACAAUAUGGGUCAGUUUUCACUGUGCACUUCGGCCCCAAAAAGGUUGUAGUGUUGGCGGGAUACAAGACCGUCAAGCAGGCAUUUGUGAACCUUUCAGAUGAAUUCGGAGACCGAGAUAUUUCCCCCAUAUUCCAUGAUUUCAAUCAGGGACUUGGGAUUGUAUUUUCCAAUGGUGAAAACUGGAGACAAAUGAGACGCUUUGCUAUCUCAAAUCUGCGAGACUUUGGAAUGGGGAAGAGAGGAAGUGAAGAGAAAAUAAUUGAAGAAUCAAAGUAUUUAAUAGAGGAAUUUGAAAAGUUUGAAGGAAAACCAUUUGAUACAAGUCUGCCUGUGAGCCUUGCUAUUUCAAACAUAAUCUUAUCGAUUGUCUAUGGUGACAGAUUUGAGUACAGCAACCCUCAGUUACAUGAAAUGAUUCAGCGAGCAUGCAAAAACAUGAAAAUGGCUGGCUCAGCUUCAGUUCAGCUCUACAACCUGUUUCCUUGGCUUAGUCCUUUUGUGAAGAAUCAAAAACAGAUUGUGAAAACCCUCAAGCAUACCUUUAAAGAAAGUGAGAAACUCAUAAAUGGCCUGCUAAAGACUUUGAACCCUCAGGAUCCCAGAGGAUUUGCUGAUUCUUUUCUUAUUCGACAGCAGAAAGAUGAGGAAUCUGGUGUAAAAGAGUCUCCUUUCCAUACAAAGAAUCUAUUUUAUACAAUUAAUAACCUGUUUGCUGCUGGUACCGACACCACAACUUCAACAAUAUGCUGGAGUCUUCUGCUAAUGGCCAAAUAUCCUGAAAUACAAGACAAGGUCCAAGAGGAGAUUGAUAGAGUAAUUGGUGAAUGUCAGCCAGUGGCGGAGAACAGGAAGAACUUGCCUUACACAGAUGCUGUGAUCCAUGAAACCCAGAGACUGGCCAGCAUAGUCCCCUUUGGUGUGCCCCGUAAGACCACCUGUGAUGUUCAUCUGAAUGGAUACCUCAUCAAGAAGGGUACCAGCAUCUUCCCACUAUUGUUAACCGUAUUGAGAGAUGAAAAUGAGUGGGAAACACCCAAUAUCUUCAACCCAGGACACUUCCUAAAUAAGCAGGGCCAGUUUGUAAAAAAGGAUGCUUUCAUGCCCUUCUCUGCAGGACGCAGGGUGUGUCUUGGAGAGGGUUUGGCCAGGAUGGAGCUCUUCCUGUUCUUCGCCUCCCUUCUUCAGGUUUUCCGCUUCACACCUCCACCUGGAGUGUCUGAAGAUGAUCUCGACCUCACACCAUCUGUGGGGUUCACGCUCAACCCGUCCCCGCACAAACUGUGUGCAGUGAAACGCUCCUAAUCACAAAUAUGCUUUCGAAGUUUUCUUUACAUUGUAUUGGCACUGUCACUUUGAUAUAUUUUUUCCCUCACUUAUAUAUUAUGUGACUUAUAUAUUAAGUGAUGUUUCCUUUAACUGCAAGAAAAUGAUUUUAAAACCAAUUGUCAAAAUAACCAAAACAAAAUCAAUAAAGAACCUUGUU